AUGGAGACAUUUUCUGUGCAAGUGGAUAGAGAAAAGUGCAGGAAUCGGUUACGAACGCUUAAAAAGAAAUAUAACGUGGCAAAGCUUGCACUUAGCAAAAGUGGCUUCAGUUGGGAUGAAGAAAGAAAAUGUGUUACUGCUGAUCCAGACGUUUGGGAUGAAUUCAUCAAGGCAAAACUUGAAGCUAUUCAUAUCAGAAACAAGUCAUUCCCACUGCUAGCUCAGUUUGAUAUUAUAUGUGGGGACGAUUCUGCUACCGGGAACGCAGCACGAACUACAUCCGAUCUUGAGGAAGAAGUCCUCCAUUCAUCUCAUUACAUGGAUGACAUCCCAUUGUCCUCAUACCCCUCUGGAUCAUAUACACCAUUUGCACCACCCGAUGAUGUAUAUUCCGACGGAACACAAGGUCAAUAUCAAUAUGGCGAAGGAAGCGGUCAAAGGGAUGUGAGAAACUCUGCUCCAAGGCCAUUAAAGAAGAAGAAGAAUGCCUCUAUUGCAUUAACUGUUGAACGCAUGCAGGAAACAAUGGAUGAAUAUGUUUCAUUCAAAACUAAAACAACAGGAAGACUAUGGGAUGAGUUGAAGAAUAUGACAACCAUUGAUUCUGACAUGAUGUAUAGGGCCUACACAUUCCUUGCGGAAAGACCACAUUUUGCUUCUACAUUCCUAAAUCAUCCGCCUGAGAAAAAUCCAUCGUUUCCUUCCGUUAGCAAACCCACCGACCAAAGCUUCUCCAAGAUUUGA